UCACAGCGACGAAGAUGCUGAGGCAGCACCUCCCCUAUUUCAACAGCAGCCGUCGUGUUCCUCUUGCGUCUAGAAAGACAAGCUCAAGCUCUAGAAGUAGCGCCAACAACACCAGACCUUUUCUGUGCCUAGCCCUGUUGCUCCUCCUGAUUCUUGUUGUGGCCGCCGUCUUCUUGUUCCCACCAGCGAUCAUGUCUUCCUCUUCCUCGUCGUCGUCGUCGGCCGCGGCCGUGCCGUUUCAGAGCCCGAGGAAGGUGGUGAAGAAGGUGCUCUCGUUGUCCCAGUCCGAGGGCGACGGCGCCACCGUCCGCCGGAGCAUCGGCCGUCAUGAGCUCCGGAGCCUGGACCCGUUCCUCCUGCUCGACGAGUUCUCCGUCUCCAAGCCCGGCGGAUUCCCGGACCAUCCGCACCGAGGCUUCGAGACCGUCACCUACAUGCUCGAUGGGGCCUUCACCCACCAGGACUUCUCUGGCCGCAAGGGCACCAUCAGGACAGGAGAUGUGCAGUGGAUGACUGCGGGGCGUGGCAUCGUGCACUCGGAGAUGCCGGCAUCCGACGGCGUGCAGAAGGGCCUGCAGCUGUGGAUCAACCUCGCUUCCAAGGACAAGAUGAUCAAGCCGCGGUACCAGGAGCUCGAGAGCAAGGACAUCAGCCAGGCCAAGAAGCACGGUGUGAAGGUGCGGAUCAUCGCCGGGGAGGCCUUCGGGGUGCGGUCGCCGGUCUACACACGAACACCGACCAUGUACAUGGACUUCACAAUGCAACCAGGGUCGCAUCUCCACCAGCCAAUCCCUGAGGGCUGGAAUGCUUUCGUGUACAUCAUCGAGGGGGAGGGUGUAUUUGGCAAGGAGGGGGCCGCGCCGGCGAGCGCGCACCAUUGCCUUGUGCUCGGCGCCGGCGAUGGGCUCAGUGUGUGGAACCGGUCUGGCGCGCCGCUGCGCUUCGUGUUGGCUGCAGGUCAGCCGUUGAAUGAGCCAGUGGUGCAGCAGGGGCCCUUCGUCAUGAACUCUCGUGCCCAGAUCCAGAAGGCCAUGGAGGACUAUUACCACGGCCGCAACGGCUUCAAGAAGGCCAGCCAGUGGAGCUCCACUUGAGCCUGAUCAGUUUGUCGAUGUGAUGAUGAUCGACGUCGCCGUGCAUUGUCGGGCAAAGGAUUGGGAGGGAAAUUGAAAUUGCAUUGUACCAUCAUAUUGAUGCCUUUGUGUAGAGUGCAGUGCUAGUCGUGUAUAUCUUCGAUUUGUUUUUUUACUUGUUUAUAGGAAAGAAUGUGAUACAAUAAAAGUGUGUAAUGAGGAGUAAGUUAGUAAUCAUUGUUUCAUCAUAGAUUUGCACACGCAGAUCAAGGAUAAAUAAUGGGUGUAUUUAAUGUGCUUCAGAUUUGAACAGGU